CAUCCCAUAAAUCAACAAUAUGAAUGGUUUUUCUGUAUGAACACUUCUAUUAGUUUUAACGUGCAGACAGGACUUUUAUUUUGAUAUGGCUGUGUGACGUCAAAAACCUGCGCCGCGCUCCGGCAUCUGGUGUGAUUCGACUGAAGAAAGGACAAACACACAGAAAAACUCCUGGUGAAGCGACUGAGAUCCACGUUACAUUAUAAAGAUGGAGUUUAUUCUAGAGAAAAAUGAAGAUGUGAAGAUUGAAGAAACAUUCAGUGUGAAACAAGAAAAUACUGAGGAACAAACAGACCUGAUGGCGCUGAGUCAAGAUCUGAAUGACAUGAAAGAGAAACAACUGUAUGAGAAACGGCAUGAUUUCAUAACUGAAGAAAAAUCUUUUAGUUGCUCACAGACUGAAAAGACUUCCUUCAACCGAAAAGGAGACCGCAUGAGAGUUCACACUGGAGAGAGCCUUUAUGCCUGCCCACAGUGUGGAAUAAAUUUUACUCGAAAAGGAAACUUAAAAAGGCACAUGGGAAUUCACACUAGAGAGAAGUCUUACACCUGCCAACAGUGUGGGAAAGUUUUUAACCUAAAAAGAAGUCUUAAUUGCCACAUGAGCGUUCAUACUGGAGAGAAGCAUUUCAGCUGCCCUCAGUGUGGAAAAAGUUUCAAGGGAAAAGGAAGACUUAAUUACCACAUGAAAAUUCACACUGAAGAGAAGCCUUUUACCUGCCCUCAGUGUGGAAAAAGUUUCAAACUAAAAGGAACCCUUAAAGACCAUAUGAUAAUUCACACUGGAGAGCUCCCUUUCUCAUGCCAACAAUGUGGAAAAAGUUUCAAACUAAAAGGACACCUUACAGACCAUAUGAGAAUUCACACAGGAGAGAAACCCUACACAUGCCCUCAGUGUGGAAAGAGUUUCAGUCGCAAAGAACAAUUUAAAAACCACAUAAGAAUUCACACUGGAGAGAAGCCUUUCACCUGCCAACAAUGUGGAAAAACUUUCAACCAAAAAGCAAUCCUUAACACACACAUGAGAAUUCACACUGGAGAGAAGCCUUACACUUGCCCUCAGUGUGGAAGGAGUUUCAAAUUAAAAGGACACCUUAAAGACCACAUGAGAAUUCAUACAAAAAGUUUCAACCAACCAGGAACCCUUAACAUGCACAGAAUUCACACUGGAGAUAAUUUGUUCAUAUGUGAUCUAUGUGGAAAGAGUUUUAAAUAUAAAGGAACCUUAACGUACCACAUGAGCCUUCACUCAAGGUGUGAGUACACCCUUAAUGCCUGUUGCUUUGCGUCAUUUAAACUGGGGAUAACUUUUUUUUUUUGCCUUUUUUUUUUAGACCUGAUGCCGCUGAAAGAGGAGAGUCAAGAUCUGAAUGACAUGGAGAAAGAUCUGAAUGAGAAACAGCAUGAUUUCAUAACUGAAGAAAAAUCUUUUAGUUGCUCACAGACAUCCUCACAAAAAAGAGAGACUAGAAGUCAUUUCAUCUGUAAACAGUGUGGAAAGAGUUUCAGUCAGCGUAAAAACCUUAAAGUCCACAUGAGAGUUCACACCGGAGAGAAGCCUUACACCUGCCAACAGUGUGGAAAGAGUUUCAACCGAAAAGGAAACCUUAAAGUCCACAUGAACGUUCACACUGGAGAGAGACAUUAUUCCUGCCAACAGUGUGGAAUAAGUUUCACUCGAAAAGGAAUCUUGAAAAGGCACAUGGGAAUUCACACUAGAGAGAAGUCUUACACCUGCCAACAGUGUGGGAAAGUUUUUAACCUAAAAAGAAGUCUUAAUUGCCACAUGAGCAUUCAUACUGGAGAGAAGCAUUUCAGCUGCCAACAGUGUGGAAAGAGUUUCAGUCAGCAUAAAAACCUUAAAGUCCACAUGAGAAUUCACACCGGAGAGAAGCCUUAUACCUGCCAACAGUGUGGUAAAAGAAAUCGAAAUCAGUAUCGAAAAAGAACCCUUAAAGUCUACAUGAACGUUCACACUGGAGAGAGCCGUUAUUCCUGCCAACAGUGUGGAAUAAGUUUCACUCGAAAAGGAAACUUGAAAAGGCACAUGGGAAUUCACACUAGAGAGAAGUCUUACACCUGCCAACAGUGUGGGAAAGUUUUUAAGCUAAAAAGAAGUCUUAAUUGCCACAUGAGCGUUCAUACUGGAGAGAAGCAUUUCAGCUGCCAACAGUGUGGAAAAAGUUUCAAACUAACAGGACACCUUAAAGACCACAUGAAAAUUCACACAGGAGAGAAACCCUACACAUGCCCUCAGUGUGGAAAAAGUUUCAACCGAAAAGGACGACUUAAUUGCCACAUAAGAAUUCACACUGGAGAAAAGCCUUUCACCUGCCAACAGUGUGGAAAAAGUUUCAAUAUAAAAGGAAACCUUAAAGAACACAUGAGAGUUCACACUGGAGAGAAACCCUACACAUGCCCUCAGUGUGGAAAGAGUUUCAGUUACAAAGGACAAUUUAAAGCCCAUAUAAGAAUUCACACAGGAGAGAAACCCUACACAUGCCCUCAGUGUGGAAAAGGUUUCAUUCGAAAAGGACGACUUAAUUGCCACAUGAGAAUUCACACUGGAGAGAAGCUAUUCACUGCCAACAAUGUGGAAAAUGUUUCAACCAAUCAGGAUCCCUUAACAUGCACAUGAGAAUUCACACUGGAGAGAAGCCUUAUGCCCCAGGUAUACUUCACUUUCCGCGCCCGGACACAUCUUUCAAAGUAUACUAAACCACGGAUGUGCACGGAUAACCAAGUUUGACACAUGCACAAUACACGUUUUCUAUACUUCUAACAGACAUCGUGUCAUCAACCGGACAUUCCCUGGGCAGGAUCAGAGAAGAAUAAUAGUGCAUCCACCAUUGCAACAUAGUUCAGAAGAUACACCAAGAGAACAGGAAUCAAAAACGAUGGAGAAGGCAUGCUUCUGAGUUUACUCGUCUUAUUUUUGAAUAGCUCUUUACACACUCUUCUUCGACGACUGCACAUAGUGCUCAGUACUGUGCGUAUUGCCACCUAGUGGACUCUUCUGUCCUGCUUGCACAUGUGCAUGACCCGCGUGGUCUCGAAAAUAGGGCUGCACGCGGACAGGGUGUGCGGCCAUGGACGCGGAUGGCCAAAGUAUACCCGGGGCUUUACACCUACCCUCAGUGUGGAAAAUGUUUCAGACUAGAAGGCCACCUUAAAGGCCACAUGAGAAUUCACACAAAAAGUUUCAACCAACCAGGAACCCUUAACAUGCACAUUAGAAUUCACACUGGAGAUAAUCCGUUCAUAUGUGAUCGAUGUGGAAAGAGUUUUAGACAUAAAGGAACCUUAAAGUACCACAUGAGCCUUCACUCAAGGUUCACAUAAGAGUUUUCGUUAUAGAGAGGACUUGUACCAGCCCUGAAAGCCCUGAUAUACUCACUGCAAAAUUAAUUUCCAGUCUUUUCUUAGUGGCAGCAGAUUAAAUUGAACAUUUUAAGUGGCAUUUAUAUGAAUGUCUAAAUAUGUGCUGUGCGUUUUCCUUUCAGUAACAAAAUAAAUGCGGUGGGAAAAGUGCAGUUGUGAAAGCUUCAGAUCAUAGUGAUGUGGAUAUGUUUGCACCAGAUCUGCAAUUGAGCUCCCCAGUCACAUCGCAUCACAUUUAUACAGUAGAUUGCUUUAAAUUAAGCAGCUUUACAGUAUUAAACAUGAAAAAAGAGAUCAUGUCACUUUCAAUAGAAAUACAACUUAAAUUUCUAUAAUGAAGCAGCCCUCAUUAAAGAAGGUGGAGCCCCAGAGCACACCUACCUAUUACAUAAUCACCAUAGACCAAUAGUAGGUCUGCUAUCGUAGACUUGUAUUUGGCUGAGCAGUCUAUUGGGUGGCUCGCCAAUGUAUUAGAUUUCUCUAAUACAUAAAAUAUGUAAGCUUGACCAGAGUUCUUGUGGGGAGAAGAAUUUAUUGAAGGUAGUAGUGUAGCACAGUUCUUCAGCAGCAAUGUCAGCGUGUUGGCCUUCAAAAUAUGUUAACCCGAAGUUCUCUGUGGGACAGAACUUUAUACAUGAAGACAAAAGGGCUACAAACAGUAGAACACUGUUAAGGCCUGUACACACCAGGAUGAAUAUCAUGCGCGAUUAUUGCCGACAUUUAACACCUCGUGACUAAACAAAGUGCGCCAAUGUGAGUGUGUACACCGACACGAAAAACGGCAGGCAUAAAAGCGUAAUUUAUUUUAAAAAAUGCCUUGGUUCGUUUUUUUGGUUUGACGCGCCGCAUUAAAAACUGGCAGACCAAUGAGAGUGGCGCUUUUGUUCAUGUGCCUUUUGUUCAGAUGCUGAAGUUACAGUAAAAUACGACUUGGUGAUGUUCAAGCACAAAACGGUCUUGCCGAGCACACACAGAUACCAAAGCUGCGUUCCAUUCGACAGAGUCCCUACGCAGUAUUCACUGCUCCCUACUCCCUGAGCACGGUAUAUCCGUUGAAGUGGACUUCGCUGUCAAUAAUCGCUCAUUUGGAACGCCCUGGAAACGUCAUCAAAGAAAGUCAACGACGGUGUCGCGCAGAUUAUUAUAUAACAUAAAAAAAUAGAUAUUAUUAUUUACUUUAGAAUUUAAAAUGAC